UCGACACGUACGGCUGGUCUAAAUACCGCCUCCUUAAGUGAAAUCGAAACUUAUCGCCUAUUAAAGUCCCCCAUUUUGAAGUCGAGCGCAUUUAACCUGCAACUCUGUAAGGGUGCACUGCUCCUGUUUCGGACAAUGGCUUUUCAGGCCCCCUUUUACAAUCCAAAUGUCCCCUUCACUGGGUCGAUCCACGGUGGCCUGUUUGAGGGGAAGUCUAUCACCGUCAGCGGACAAGUCCUGCCUGGAGCCGACAGGUUCCACGUGAAUUUACAGUGUGGUUCCAUUAAUGGUGCGGACAUCGCUCUCCACGUUAACCCACGCUAUGACGGUCAGGCUUAUGUGGUCACCAACGCCUUCCAGCAUGGCAACUGGGGGCCUGAAGAGAGGAAGUACACCUCUCCAUUCCCGGCUGGCUCCAGCUUCACCCUGCUCAUCACUGUCACUCGCGAUUCCUACCAGAUCAACGUCAACGGCUGCCACUUCAUGGACUUUAGACAUCGCCUCCCAUUUCAACAGGUGGACACCAUCUGUGUGGGCGGGAAAGUACAAAUUUCCUCCAUUAGCUUCCAGAACCCCACGGCGGUAUUUCCUGCACAGCCUGGGUUCCCCGCACAAAUGGCCUAUCCCACCCAGGCUGCCUUUCCCCCUUACGCGGGAUUUCCCGCUCAGCCUGGAUUCAUGCCACAGCCCGGGUUUCCGCCUGCAGCGCCUGCUGUACCGUACAGGGCUGUCAUCAGUGGUGGACUCAAACCUGGAAGGACCAUCACAAUCCAAGGAACUCCAUUCCCUAACGCCACAAGGUUCCACGUGAAUCUCUCUUAUCAGUCGGGAGUUGCUUUUCAUUACAAUCCACGUUUCAACGAGAACUGCGUAGUCCGAAACACCAAGCAGUGGGAGCAGUGGGGCGGCGAGGAGCGCGGUGGAGGCAUGCCCUUCCGCCAGGGGCAGCCUUUCACGCUGACCAUCUGCUGUGAGAACCACUCCUUCAGAAUUGUGGUCAAUGGGAUGCAGGCUCACAACUACAAGCACCGCAUCACUCCCCUCCAGAACAUUACCUCCCUGGAGAUUGAGGGUGAUGUCACUCUGUCUACUGUGGUUGUGUAGAGAUCCAGGACCCGUGGCUGCUCAUGUCCUCUAUGUGUCAGGUGGUUUCCAUUGCCACAACCACCGUAGGACACAGUUAAUGCAUUUCACUAAUUGCCAGUUGCUUUGAUCAUGUACUCGUCAGGGUUCAUUAAACCGCUGCUUAUUUGUGCUGCAGAUAAUGCCAUUCCCUUUUUUUAUACUGCUUUUAAAAGUUCGGUUUCGUUGAAGGCAGCAGUCUUACUGUGCAGUAUUUACCGAGAAUACAGUCAACAUCAGAUGGAAGUCUGGUUACAAAGUAAAACUGUCCGAAGCUGGAAUUGUAAACUGUUCAGCUGACUCCUCACUGUGUAAUCAUGAAUACUUUGUGAAAUAUUGUAAUUAAACACAAGUGCAACAGCAA